CGAGGGAGGGGGGCUCGGUACGCGCAGGGUGGCCGGAGCAGCAUGGCGGAAGACGAGAGCGACCAAGAGUCGGAGCGGCUCGGCGAGGAGCUGGAGGCCAUCGCGGGGCCGCGUAUCCUCGCCGGGGUCUCGCCCGCGCUCAGUAGCCAGUAUUACUGCCGCCGCUUCUGCCAGAUUGUUGAAGACUAUGCUGGAAGAUGGCAGGUUCCUUUGCCUCAGCUUCAGGUGCUUCAGACAGCUCUUUGUUGUUUCACGUCUGCCUGUGUAUCAUUCCCAGCUGAAUGUGAGCACGUACAAUAUGUUUUGAGUAGCCUAGCUUUGAGUUUUUUUGAAUUGCUGCUGUUCUUUGGAAAAGAUGAAUUCUAUGAAGAUCCUUUAAAAGAUAUUCUAGGUUCAAUCCAGGAAUGCCAGAACCUCCUAAGCAGAUAUGGAAAUGUCAACCUGGAAUUAGUGACUCGAAUUAUCAGAGAUGGAGGGCCAUGGGAAGAUCCAGUAUUACAAGCAGUUCUUAAAGCAAAGCCUGUAUCUCAGGAGUUAGUUAACAAAUAUUUAAGCUCUGAAAAUCCACUAUUCUUUGAACUACGUGCCAGAUACCUUAUUGCCUGCGAACGCAUCCCAGAGGCAAUGGCUUUUAUCAAAUCUUGCAUAAAUCAUCCAGAAAUCAGUAAAGAUUUGUAUUUCCAUCAAGCUUUUUUCACCUGUCUUUAUAUGUCUCCAGUAGAAGAUCAGCUGUUCCAGGAGCACUUAUUGAGGACUGAUUGCAAGAGUGGAAUUGAGAUCAUCUGCAACACUGAAAAAGAAGGGAAGACUACCUUAGCCUUACAGCUGUGUGAAUCGUUCCUGGUCCCACAGCUCCAAAAUGGGGACAUGUAUUGUAUCUGGGACCUGAUAUUUAUGUGGAGUAAACUGCAGCUUAAAUCUAACCCUUCGAGACCAGUAUUUGUUGAUCAGUGCUACCAGCUUUUAAGGAUAGCUACAAAUGUCAGAGUAAUUUUCCCUUUCAUGAAAGUCAUUAAGGAUGAAGUUGGAGAAGAUGGCUUGCAGAUUUGUGUUGAAAUAUGUGGCUGUGCUCUGCAGUUGGACCUUCGUGAUGAUCCAAUUAUGAAAUGUCUCAUAUAUAAAACGAUUGCUCAUUUUUUGCCAAAUGACUUGGAGAUACUCAGAAUUUGUGCGCUUUCUAUCUUUUUUCUUGAGCGCACCUUAGAAUCAUAUUACACUGUUGAACAUCUAUAUAAAUGUGCAGAUGAAGAGUAUAAUGAGCACACUAGUUCUGUUCAGAACCGUGUACGUUUUGAGUUGCUUCCAAUUUUGAAGAAAGGUUUGUUUUUCGAUCCUGAGUUUUGGAAUUUUUUGAUGAUCAAGCAAAAUUGUUUAUCACUGUUGGGGGAUAAAGCAUCUGUUGGCUUAGGUGAAAGUACACUGGAAAAUUCUGUUGCUAAUACAGAGAAGCCGAUGGAACGUCAGGCUUUGAGUGAAGAAGUUAUCUCUUUAACAGAUCUAAGUAAUGGGGAGCUUGACUCUGAAGACCCCUCUGAAGACCAAUUUAAAGGUCACGCCAGUAAGAACCAUGUAGCUCUUGCAGCAUCUAAAAUAGAUCAUAAUGUACCAAGACACCGUUGUGCAUUAUGCAACAGGGAAUUUCUUGGCGGUCACAUUGUGAGGCAUGCACAGGCUCACCAGAAAAAGGGCAGUUUUUCAUGUGUAAUAUGCUGUAGGAAAUUCAGGCAAAGAGGAAUCAUGCUGAAGCACUUAAGGAAUCAUGUCAAGAAAAUACAAAGACAGCAUCUUGCUGCUACCCAUCAUGAUGAUCAGGAAACCCCUGCUUUAAAUGAAGUAAAUUGCUCUGAUGCAUCCGUCUCUUUAGAAAAUGGGAAUUCUAACAGUUCUAAAGAUAAUGAAUCAGAGGCUGCCAUAGUUCCAAGUAUUGAUAUGGAAGUACAAAACCAUGACCAGGACUUGGAUGUGGCUGAAAAUCAUGUAAGCCAACAGGAUAAUGUUAUUGAAAAUGGCAGUUGUGACAGCUGUUUAAAUAAUAUUCCUGAACCUUUAACUACAGAGAGUUUGCCUGAGGGUGGUGGUAGCCCGAGUCAAGAGUCUCCUAUACUUCAUAAAGUAAAUGGAGCUUUGUGCUCUCAAAAGGAUCUGGAUGUUAUAGAUCAAGAAGGUAACUUCAAGUGCCCUGCCAACAGUUGCAUUAGAGUGUUUAAAAAGAUAAGAUUUCUCAAUAAACAUGCAAGAAAAGCUCACCCAACUGAUCUGAAGGUGCAGCAGCAUAUAAUGAAGUGGAAUAAAGGAAAAUGUCGGUUCUGUCAAAGAAAGUUUGCAGAUUCUCAGCAUUUCAUAGAUCACCUGAAGAGACACGUAUAUCCAAAUGUUUACUUUUGUUUACAUUUUAACUGUAAUCAGAGAUUUAAGCUGUCCACUGAGCUUGCAGAGCAUACGAAAAGUCACAGUGUGUUUAAGGCUCAGUGCAAUUUUGCAGAGUGCUGCGAGCUUUUUGAAGAGCUUCCUUUGCUGUAUGAACAUGAGGCUCAGCAUUAUUUAAACAAAACAGAGUGUUCUGAAGUAAAUGAAGAAAAUUCAUCAGAUACUCUAUCAGAGUCACUUUGUGGUUUUCAAGAAAAAGAUGCAUCUAGUAGCGAAAAAGAAGCUGUAGAUUUACCAGUUCCAACUUGGAAGGCAAGGAAAGACUCUACAGAACCAAAGACAUAUAUCCAGAGUAUUGAGAAGAAAGCAUACAAUGUAAUUCAGAAUGGGAGUGAAAAUUCAUCUGAUGUUACUGCUACAGUUUUAAGCUUGAUAGACCAAAAGAUGCCUAUAGUACAGCCAAAAACUGAAAACUGUAAUGUUCAUGACCAACUGGUCAAUGGGCACAUUGAACUGGAGCAGACUUGUUCAGCUUCAUCAGAUGCAGCUUUGGACAGAGCGGCAGAUGAAACAAGGACAGAAAAUGGGUCAAUACCAGUUUUACAAAACUGCAAUGAUAUACCACAAAACAAUACUACUGCAGUCUCUCAGUCACCUUCCAAACCAAAUCAGACAACUGAAAACACUUCAUAUGGCUUAAUUGUGACAAAACCAUAUGUUAGACCGUUGCCUCCAAGUUACCUUGAUGAACGAUACAUUAGCAUGCCAAAACGUAGAAAAACUGUAACUGAUAAAAUAGAUGCCCAUUCUGAGCAAGAUAAAGCUUGUAGCAAAUCAGCAGAAAGAUUUAGAUGUGGGAACUGUCUGACCACCUACUGUAACUCAGAAGCACUUGAGGCUCACCUUGCACAAAAGAAAUGUCAGACGCUCUUUGGAUUUGAUUCAGAUGAUGAAAGUGCCUGAUUAAAUGUUGUGGGAAGAUGUAUCAAUUGAGGAGUGGUGUGAGAAAACACUACGUGAAGAAGCAUCAGUUUGCUGUUUCCCAGAUGGCCUUAAUCAUAAAGCAGACUCAAAUUACUAAAGAAAAAUGUGACCUUGAUAAAAGACAAAGCACAUUUUCUAGAUAAAACUCACAGAGGAAUAGUAGGAGCGGUGCAGGUUUUGAGUCCAGAAAGGUUGCUACAAACUCCCCAAAGUACCAGUUACCCAGAAAGCCCCAUGAAGUGUAUGAGCAAAGAACAGCAGCAGUGUCUGGCAUGAGCGCUUAAGAAAAAUAAAACACUCAGCUGAGUAGGCAGAGAAGAGAAGUGGCUGUUGCCUUAGAGAAAGAAACACCACUGUAACCUGUGCCACUGGAUUAAAAAGUUGUAAUAAGAGAAACCCUUCCUAUCCAUGCAAGUUGAAAGGGUGUCGUUCCACAUUAUUAAAAAGAUUUAAUUUAAAGAGACAUUACAUUUAUUUUCAUGGUGUGUAUAAAAAUCUGAUAGAGGAAACGGACAUUCUUUUUUCAGCGUUUGGGUCUUCAACGAAAAAUCAAGGAGGUCAUUUAAUAAACUUGUGUUCAGAAUCCAAAAUGAAGAAUUUAGAGAAGUCUAAGAUGGACAGUGGGUACCAAUGGCCAAAAAAUUAAAGUGUAGCAUAUACAAUGAAAAUUGUAUCAACAGUCUGAUAUUAGAUGUGUCAGCUGUACAAGACACAAUUCAGAUGCACUUAAAAGCCCACUUAAAAUAUAUGGCAAAACUACACACACUGACUUUUUAGAAAUGUUAAAUAAAAAGUCCAUUACAGGCACAGAGAUUUAACAAAAGUAAUGUGUGUACAGCAGCUGCUGGUACUAACACAUACAGAUUGAGGCUAAAAAAUAAAUGUAUGCGCGGCAUGAAUAAAGAUGAAUUUGAGCUGGCAUAUAGUGCUAAAAUAAUAUCCAAAUAUAAAGAUCCUUCAAUUCUUAGUAUGACUGAUGGACAGAAUUUAAUAGAGACGCUUUUUUAUGAAAAAUGUGAGUUAAAUGAAGAUAAAGCAAAGAAUGUCAGUUGUUAGCAAAAAUAGAUCAGGAAGAAACUUCUAUACCCACUCAGCAUCCUGCAGUGAUACAGCACUAAGUUUUGAUUUACCCAGUAAUGCUCUGUCAUGUAAAGGAGGAAUUCUGGGAAAAUGUUAACAGGUCAACCUUAAAACACAGUACAGCCAGCAGUAGCAGUCUCUCUGGGGAAAAAAAGUGGUGGUCCUUAUCAGAAACAAAUGAAAGAGCUCAGCAAUGUAAAUCAAAGUGUUUAAGUACUUUGGCCAGCAAAAGAUUGCUGGUAAAGUGACAUCCAGAAUUAGUCUGUAAGGAUGGAAAGUUUCAAUAUGUCACCUGUAUGUAACAGACCUAAAGAGACACACAACAAAAAGGCAUUCCUGAGUUUUACUAAUGAGGGUAUUCUGCUUCAAAAAAUAAAAAAAUUAAUUAAUUCUGCACACAAUAUAUUAAAAUUCUGCAAAUGUUAUUUGUGAAAUAAAUGUGGAGGCGCCUGCUUGGCAUUGGAGAGCACAGGCACUGGCUGCAUGGAGGUGGUAGAUCACUGAGCAGCUCGCCCCACGCUACGGACUCGGCGAUGAGGCUGCACCCACCCCUAACACAGCGCAAGGACAGGACCUGCCCUAGAAACAGCCCAGAGUCCUACCCCUCCAUGCCAGGUGCACCAGGUGUGGGCAGGCAGACUCAGCAAGGCAGGAUCCAAGUGUGGAGGGGCUUAGUGUGGGGGGAUCCAGGUGUGGGUUGAGAGAUUUCUGUGUGCGGCGAUUUGAGUGCUGGCAGCUCAGUGGGGGAUCUGCAUGCGGGAGACAUCUGGAUGCAUAGGGGCUUCUUUGGGGGGUUCUGGGUGCAACGGUAAUGGGACUCUGCAGGCGGGUCCAGGUAAAGGUGGUUGGGGUUCAGUGGAGGGGGUCUCAGUGUGUG